AGGGUUUCCUACCUUUAUAAUCCAUCCCCCCUUCGCCGCCCCCAUCCAUCCCCCCUUCUCCUUCUCGCUUCUCGGUCGCCCUCAAACCGCCGCUGCACCAUCUUCGAUUGUAUAGGACGCAUCAGAUCCACGAGUAAUAAUCCGGGAAAAUUGAGUCUUUGUUCACCCGCUGGUAGUCGAGAACAAGAAGGCGGCGAGCAAGGAACGAGGAUGCCAAAGCGGCGGUGCGGUGAACGUGAUGGCGGCAGUACGGCGAAGCCUCGGAAGCCGCGCCUUUACCUUGUCUGUGAUGACUGGGACUCUGGAUACAGCAUCCGCAAGUUGUCGUUGCCGGCCGACUCAGACGAAGGCGCUGUGCAGGGCUUACCGACUCUUUUCUGGCGCGUGGUGGCGCCGCGUGAGGAUCCCCACCACUUCACGUCCGCCUUUGGCACCAAGAUCAUGGGGGGGGACGCGAUCAUUGACGUCCGCACGCGGUGCGUCCUCCCAGGCCCUGAGUCGAACGCUCCGGCUUUUCCCAUCUACUUCCCCGUCGGUGACGAUAGGAUAUACGUUCUGGACUCCGGCUCCAUGGAGAUCUGCCAUUUUCCGCCGGAACAAUCUGAUGCUGAAUCUGGUGGUGGUGAGUCAUCGCUGUAUGAAUAUGGUUUUGAUAGCAAGGACGUCUGGUUUUGGCACGACCUACAAAUGCCGCCGUUCGCUAUAAUGGACGUCACCUCCUAUGCCAUGCACCCCCACAGCCAUGGACAUACCAUCCUCGUCAGCAUCAAGAGUGAAGAUUUAGAUGCGGCCACAUUCAGCUUUGAAACGGGAGUCAGUGCGUGGAAUUUUGUCGGUGAUUGGACUUUGCCAUUCACUGGCCGUGGACACUAUGAAUCUGAACUGGGAGCCUUGGUUGGGCUCUCCAAGGAGAAGGAAUCCUUUGGGUACAUCUACGCCUGCGACGUGCCCAACACCAGCAAUCGUCCCCCUGCUUGGAAGCUUAGCAAGAAGAAGGUGUUCAGCAAGAACCCAGCUGAAAAGCAUGUAAGCGCUAGCCUCAUCUACUUGGGGUGCCAGCGCAAAUUCUGCCUUGUGGAGUGUGUCUUGGUUAAGGAAGACAAAGCUUGUCAGGAGGUCAAGGAACACAAAGAUGAUCAGGUGCUGCUUGAGAAGCCAGAAGGCACAUGUGUGCCCCAACACAGUCGCUACAUGUAUCGUUUGAUGACCUUCUCCCUCAAGUAUGACAAGAUGGGUGACUUAAGGAUUCGACAUCGUCGGGUUCGAUACUACAAGGUGCCUAGUAAAGUAUCAACUGAAUGCAUCUCUCAGGAUCCUGUGGUAUUUUGGCUGUAAAAUGCUAAAAUCAUGUCAUGAUGAUGAGUUUCUAUGUUUUCAAUAAGGUGAAUGUUUCUUUUCUGUGUUUUAUUUAAUUUACUGUACUCCCAAACUUCUAUAAUGAGGACCCCUUGCUAUGCAUUCACUAAGGUGUUAAUGUGUGCUUUUCUAUGUUUGAAAUUAAUGUGUAAUCAUAACUGGUGAUUCUACAAACCCUUUUCACUCGGGUGUUUCUGUGUUGCUUUUCUAUGUUUUAGCUUAAUGUGUAA